AUGAAUGCAAAAUAUAUAUUUGCAAAGAGUAUAUAUGCAAAAUGUACCCCUCAUGAAAAUAAGUCCUCCUACAAAACUCUCUCCUCCUCUUCAGUACUCAGUUUACAGCUCUCUCUCUCUCUCUCUCUCUCUCUCUCUCUCCACCAUGAUUCUAAAGACCUCUCCUUUCCUCUCUCUAGUCUCUCCUCCUCCUCUCACAACAACCACCUCCUCCUCUCUCAACUCCUUUCUUCAUUUUCCAAAAAAAAACCCAACAAAUGGGCCCACAAUAGCCAUGGCCGCUCCGGCGUUGUCUUCCAACCCUUUGAAGAGCUUAGGCAAGAUCUCAACUUGGUCCCCUCCGUUCCUGAUCAGUCACUUGCUCGCCAGAAGUUUGCUGGUGACUGUGAGGCGGCUAUAAAUGAACAAAUCAAUGUUGAAUACAACAUUUCUUACAUAUAUCAUGCUAUGUAUGCGUACUUUGACCGAGACAACAUCGCCCUUCGAGGCCUUGCCCAUUUUUUCAAAGAAUCCAGUUACGAGGAAAGAGAUCAUGCACAGAAAUUUAUGGAGUACCAGAACAAGCGUGGAGGGAGAGUGAAGCUCCAAUCAAUACUAAUGCCCUCGAGUGAGUUUGAUCACCCUGAGAAAGGAGAUGCUCUGUAUGCUAUGGAGCUUGCUUUGUCUCUCGAAAAGGUGACAAACCAGAAGCUAAUAAAUCUGCGAAAUGUGGCUGAACAAAGCAAUGAUAUUCAGAUGGUGGAUUUUGUCGACAGCAACUUUCUUGCAGAGCAGGUGGAGUCUAUAAAGAAAAUCUCUGAGUAUGUUGCUCAACUUCGAAGAGUUGGCAAAGGACAUGGAGUUUGGCAUUUCGAUCAGAUGCUUCUUCAUGAAGGAGAUGGUGCUGCUUGAACAAAUCUCACUACCAUCUUGAUAAGAGAUUCUCCAUGUUCAAUUAAUAGGUUUUAUAUGCUUGGUACUUCAGUUGAUGUAAAUAAUAUAUCUAGUGACUUGAAAACAGUAAGGGCUCUUGGCUUCCAACUAGUAUUGUGUUGUUGGUUUGAUCUUGUUUUUUGAGGAAUGUUGAUAUGUAGAAGACAGUUUCAUUUCUUUUGGGUUCC